AUGGACGAGCAGGCCGAUGCCAUGCAGGGCAGCUCCCAGCCUCAGCUCCAGAGCAACGCGACUCGAGCUGGACCUCCCUAUCCGGCCUGCGAUCCAACGAAGUCCAUCGCAGCGCAGAUCCCGGCAGUGCAAUGCUCCUGUGGUGCACCGAUGAAACCCGUGGAUAUGAGCGGCGGCUGCGGGAACGUCUGCGGCAAGAGGUCAGCGGGCAAGCAUUUCGGCGACACCCUCAUGGGCGGUGUGUCGGGGUCGUCUACAGCCCCGGAGCUUAUGUCGGGUCUUAUCAAGGGCAUCUUCUACGUGGGCCUGGACGCCGCAGGGACCUUGCCGGACAAAGACAAGCUCCAGGUUUGUGUGAGCACCUUCGACUUCAUCCACACCAAGUGCCCGGCCCGGAAGCAGAAAGGCUGCAAACUCGUGCCCAACUUCGAAAGACAGACGCGGUGCAGCGGUGUUUGGGAGGCCCUGGGCAAGAACAACGGGGAGUACGUAUGCAAAAUGCUCGAAUGGUGGGAUGCCUGCUGCGAGGACAGGGAGCCCCUUCCCCUUGAGGAGCAGUCCUGUGCAGGCUGUGGCCAAGAUAUGUACUUCUGCAACUGUGCCAACAUCGGCGACGGUGUGAGGCCCACGCAUUAG